GAUAUUCUCGUUUAUGUUGGUCGGAGAAGAGUAGUAAAAGAAAGAGAGAGGGGAGGAAAGAAAGGAUAGAGAAAAGAAAAAGGGAGUAGGGCCAAGAGACGUAAUUCAACCCCUUCUCUUGGCGCCAAAUAAAUAAAACGUUUAUUUUUGUCGUUUAACGUUAAUGUAACCAAUCGUGGGCAUAUUAUUAUUUGUAGCCAGUUGAGCUAACGCGGUAGUUAUCUUGCUAAAUCGCUAGCAACGCAAUCAUUUUACCUAAUCUUACCCUACUCAAGAAACAAAAUAUUAAUUUGGCGAGCUAGCUAUAUCAAUACAACAGAUAGCUUGGAAGAUAGCUAGCUAGCUACUUCAAGGCGGUCGUUAUAAUACAGCAAUAUGGGGGUGAGUUUUGUCCGUGUGUUUGUGUGAAAAGGUGAACGCUUCCAUCAAACAAAGACAGCGUCCAAAAUCAUUAUCCCGUGAAUGCGCGAUGGAGAGAGGGAAAGGAGAGACCACGGAAUGAGUGGCAGGCAGGCUCACCGUUAACCAGCUAACUGAAAAUAACCCCGCUUUGUGAUUGUGGUAACCAUCUUUGGCACUGGUUUAAUUUGGUCCAGUGUUGCCCCAUUGCAACGCUCUCCCGUGCGGUGUGUUUGUGUUGAUUGUUUUCAGGUGUGGUGCCACCGCUACCUGAAUUUGGUAGCCACGUAACUAGCUAGCUUGAUAGGAAUCAAUUUUCACAAAGGCUUCUCAUUUUGCCCUACUAGUUUAGAUUAGGCAAGGUGGGAGGCUCGACUCAAAUUAGCCAACUAACGACAUAAGUUUUCUUAGCUACCUGUUUAGAACAUUUGAGAAGUAGUAACUAACCUGAAAUGAUUUGCAAACUUUUUACAACAUCUAGCUGGGAGGAAAUCAAACAAAGCGAAGGAGAAGAAACAGGCUCGCCUGGCGGAGAGGGCAGCCAUGGACGCUGUGUGUGCCAAGGUGGACGCAGCCAAUAAGCUGGAUGACCCUCUGGCUGCUUUCCCCAUCUUUAAAAAGUAUGACAGAAACGGGUUGAAUCUCCAGAUAGAGUGUAAGAGAUUGUCCACCUUCAACCCUAUCUCUGUGGAGUGGGCCUAUGAACUAACCAGGACCAACAUGCAAACACUGUACGAGCAGAGCGAGUGGGGAUGGAAGGAGAGAGAAAAGCGGGAUGAGAUGAACGACGAGAGGGCGUGGUAUCUCCUGGCCCGAGACACAGACUCGUCCCCCGUGGCCUUCUCUCACUUCCGAUUCGACGUCGAGUGCGGGGAGGAGGUGUUAUACUGUUAUGAGGUCCAGUUGGAGAGCAGAGUGAGGAGGAAAGGACUGGGCAAGUUCCUCAUCCAGAUACUACAGCUCAUUGCCAACAGCACACAGAUGAAGAAGGUGAUGUUAACAGUAUUCAAACACAACCAUGGGGCGUACCAGUUCUUCAGGGAAGCCUUACAGUUUGAGAUCGACGACACCUCCCCUAGUAUGUCUGGUUGCUGUGGUGAUGACUGCACCUAUGAGAUCCUGUCGCGGCGGACCAAACAUGCGGAGGCCUCGGGUCACAACCAUGGGGGAGGGGGGCACUGUGGGGGCUGCUGCCACUGAGGGACAUGCCCACUUCCAGUUCCUGUUUCACCACUUCCUGGUCCCAUGCUCUAAAACCUCUCCCACUUUCCUAAUCAUGAAUCAUUACCGUUCCCCCCAACCCCCAAUCUGACACCCCCCUUUAAGCCCCAAAACU